AUGUCACGCCAAAAAUCACGGGGUGAUCUUUGUACAACGCAUUCGGUUGAGGAAUAUCAUAGGUACGGUCUACCACCGGACUUGGACGGGGUUUCUAGGGCAUCUUUCCACGUCAGUAAUGCUCGGAGUUCUACGGGAUUCAAAACACUGCAAAGCGACCUCUCGCGUUUGGACGCCGUAGCAGUCUCGCACAUGGAAUCAACUCCUCAUAAGUAG